GCCACUCUCUCUAAAUCUAAAUCGAAUCUCUCUCUAGCUCCCUCGCCUCCCCCUUGCGCUGAUCGUCCUCUCCACCCUCCAGUAUUCCCCUCUCUUCGGGCUUUACGUUCCACACCAGAUGUCUGUUGAUCUCUGCAAGAAGAACCCAUCUUUUCUUUGGUGUGACUGUGGUUAUAUGAGCAGGGGCAGGUUGUGGUGCUUCCAGAUUAUCUUGUUCAGGCACUGGACUUAGACCUUCUCUCUCUCUCACCUCUUCUCAAUCUCUCUCUCUCUUCUUUCUUCUCUGCAAUCUUCUGCUUGAUUUGAUUACAAAGUAUUCGCCUUUACUGCUCUUGUUACUGUGAACUUGUUCUUUUUUGCUGCGCAAAAACUCCUAACUUGCUUGUGAGGAGUUUUCUUAGCCGAGUGCAAGUUUUCCCCUUUGGAUCUGCCCGAUGGGGAAAACUGAACUGGCUCCUGGAUUUCGAUUUCAUCCUACUGAUGUUGAACUCGUGAGAUAUUACUUGAAGAGGAAAGUGUUGGGUAAAAAGCUCCUCGUUGAUGCUAUUGCUGAACUUGACAUUUACAAGUUUGAACCUUCUGACUUGCCUGAUAAGUCCUUUAUAAAGAGUGGUGAUCUUAAAUGGCACUUCUUCUGCCCAAGGGAAAAGAAAUAUGCAACUGGUGUUAGGGCUAACCGUGCAACUGUGGGUGGUUACUGGAAGACCACAGGGAAGGAGAGAUCUGUUAUGUGCAAUGCUGAAGUUGUUGGAAAGAUCAAGACUUUGGUGUAUCAUGUUGGGAAGUCUCCUCGUGGGGAGAGGACUGAUUGGGUUAUGCAUGAGUAUAGGCUUGAGGACAUCGUGUUGACACAGAAGAAUAUCCCUCAGGAUACUUAUGUCCUGUGUGUUCUGUUCAAGAAAGAUGGACCGGGUCCUAGGAAUGGAGCUCAAUAUGGUGCUCCUUUCAAGGAAGAGGACUGGAGCGAAGAGGAACAUCAACUUACUGGUGUUGCUGCUACCAACAAUGCAGCAAUCUUCCUUCAUGGGCCUAACGCAGAGACCAGUCUUGCUGUGGCGCCCUCGCAUGACCCUAAUGAGGCUUGUGUUGGUGGCAUGAUGUCUGAAUCAUGCGUCUCUGAUUUCCAACCAGCUACUGCUACUACCAGCGUGACUGCACAUCUGAAUGAUGCAGCUAAUACUCUUAUGCCUGCACCAGUUCUUGAUCCUAGUAGCAGCUCUUCUCUGGGGCAACCCCUGCUGGUGCCAGACAAGGAUGAUGAUAUAUAUUCAAAGUUGGAUCUCUUUGUUGAUGAGGAUGAGUACUUGCGUUUCUGUGAGCCCAACACCAAUGAGGCAACAAGACAUGAUCCCAAUGUCCCAGCUCCAAUUUCCUUAGGAGAAGAAGUGAUAUUCGACGACCUACCCGACUUUACCAAUAUGCAUAACAACAACAGCACACCCUCUUACGACCUGAUUGAAAACUCGGAGUUAUACUUGGAGCUCCAGGAUCUCACAACUUCAUUAGGACCACCGCAUAUUUGGAAUGUCAGCGACUCUUACCUGACAGCUCCAUUAGCACUACCACCUCAAGUAGGCAAUGUCAGCGACUCUUACCUGACAGCUCCAGUAGCACCGCCUCAAGUAGGGAAUGUCAGUGACUCUUAUCUCAACCAUCAAGGUCACUUUGAUUUCUCCGCUGCUGCUACUAAUGAUGAUCCUUAUGGAUUCUCUACGUCCAUGGGACACGCGCCAGACGCUUGACAAAGAGGUUUAGCUCAAACUUCCAUCCAAGAAUCCUCUUCUCUGCCCAGUACUGGCCUCUCCAUUUGUUGACAAAUCAACAGAAGCCAUGAGAUAAUGAGCUUCCAUGUAUGUAUAUUCCCAUUUCUGAAACUCUCUUAUUUCGCAAAUCUCGUUUAUCUCAGCAUAAACUCUCUUAUGUCGCAAAUCUCGCUUCUCAGCAUUCUCUUAUUACUUGGAUUCUCAUAUUCCUAAGUAAUGACAUUGGGUUUCAAGGUUUUUUUUAGUGUGUUUCAACUUGUGUCUUAUGUCGCAAAUCUCGCUUCUCAGCUUAACUCUAUAAACUCGAUCUGUCAUCAUUAAUCUGAGUUUCGGAUUCAAUGUUCAUUUUACCGAAAUACGCUUAGGUUUUAAUGGGCUUUAUUUCAUCCAUAAUUGAAGACAAUAUUUUCUAGCUUUCUUGCCUUUCUUCGAACCAGCAUCUUGGGUGUCCUCACAUCACAACAAACAAUAACAUAUGCCC